AUGGAGAUCAAAUUUCCAUUUCCUCUAGCUCUUUACCUUUCCCUACUCCUACUCAACCACAAUCAUCACCACCAAACCCUCUCAUCACCAAUCUUCAACCUCACCACCGACAGACAAUCCCUCGUCGCCUUCCGAGCUGCCAUCAUUUCCGACCCGACCGAAACCCUAACUGCCAACUGGUCCUCCGCCGCAAACUCCACCUCCCCAUGCAAUUGGGCCCACGUCUCAUGCGGCCCGAGACACCGGCGCGUAACAAGCCUCAACAUCUCGGGCCUCGGUCUCGUUGGGCCCAUCUCCCCACACCUCGGCAACCUAACUUUCCUCCGAACACUCGACAUCGGAUCCAACAACUUAACGGGCCCAAUACCGCCCGAGCUGUCCAACCUCCGCCGGCUCGUGACGCUAAACCUGGCGAGCAACCGGCUCGUGGGCCCCAUACCGAGCCCCAUUUUCAACGUCUCAUCGUUUAUCGAGAGAAUCGAUAUGGGAGGGAACAUGCUGUCGGGUGGGCUCCCGGACGAUGUGUGCGGAAAUUUUCCGAGACUCGAGAGGUUGAGGCUAUCGGAAAACGGGCUUGAGGGGAGGAUUCCGGCGAAUAUAUCGGAUUGCCGGGGGCUUGAGGAGCUGAGGCUGGCGGGCAAUAAUUUCAUUGGCGAGAUACCAAGUGGGGUUUGGAGCUUGCCAAGGCUUAGGGUUUUGUCUCUAUAUGAAAACCAACUCACAGGGUUUUCGGCACGAGAACAAGGAUAUGUAGCGCAGAUUGAGGUUUUGGAUGUUGGGGAAAAUAAUUUGAGAGGAAAUCUUCCAUCUUUUAUCUUCAAUAUUUCUUCAUUAGUAACCCUAAACCUCAGCUCCAACAAUCUGUCUGGGAGCUUCCCAACUGAUGCCACGUACAAUCUUCCAGCGCUUCAACUGUUGUACCUUGACUCUAACAAUUUGACAGGUAGAAUUCCAAACCAACUUGGAAGCCUCCCUUCAUUAACUACGCUGGUCCAAUCCCACCUUCCCUAUUCAAUAUUUCGACAUUCAUUGACCAUUUUAUCCCUCCAACAAAACCUUCUUUCCGGUACCCUCCCUCAUGACAUUAUCCCUCCACAAUCCAGCCUCCAACAGCUUAUCCUAUCCCUCAACAGGCUAUCCGGCCCAAUCCCGAGUUCCAUCGUCAAUGCCUCGGCCCUCACUCUACUCGAGCUCAACCGAAACUCGUUCUCCGGGCCCAUACCCAACUUCGGCACCCUCACAAACCUACGAGCCCUUCGACUUUGGGAGAACAACUUAACCACAAAUGGAGAACUUACCUUCAUAUCCUCACUCAUCGGCUGCCGAAACCUCCAAGUCCUAGAAAUAUCCGACAAUCAACUCAACGGCACGCUCCCGGCCUCGGUCGGGAACCUCUCCCCGUCCCUCACUCGUUUCGUGGCUUCACGGUGCGAGAUCGUGGGCCCUAUCCCACCCGAGUUUCGUAACUUGGAAAAUCUAGAAGCACUGGCCCUAACCGGGAACCGGCUCACGGGAUCCAUACCGUCCGACAUAGGAGAAUUGAGUCGGCUCUACACGCUUGCGCUCGGUGGAAAUCGACUAAGCGGCCACAUCUCGAUUGAUCUUUGCCGGUUGAGCCGUUUAGGGCAGUUGUACCUUUACGACAACGCGCUCGUGGGCCAGGUUCCCGAUUGCUUGGGGGAGCUCGACUCUCUAACCAAAAUUUACGUCAACUCGAACAACCUCAAUUCCACCAUACCUCUCGGCUUGUGGGAUAUCCGGGACCUUAGUGUCUUAAACCUAUCCCAAAACUCGUUCGACGGACAGCUGUCGCCUCGGGUCGGGAGCCUCACGGCUCUACGCACCCUCGACCUGUCGUCUAACCAACUCACGGGCAAUAUCCCGAGCUCGAUCGACGAUUUCGCGGUUCUUCUCUUGAGGCGGCGGUGGAAGAAGAAAUUGAGAGCGCGGCGGGCCGCACCGGCCGAGCUCGAGCUCAAGGCCGCGUACAAGAGGAUAUCGUACCUCGAGCUCGAGCGCCACACGAACUCGUUCGACGAGGCAAAUCUACUUGGGAGGGGCGGUUUCGGGUCGGUUUUCCGGGCGUCGCUCGACGACGGGUCGGAAGUGGCCGUAAAGGUUUUCGACAUGCAGAGUGAAGCAGGGGAGAAGAGCUUUGACACGGAGAGCGAGAUUUUGAGCACGAUACGACACAGGAACUUGGUCCCAGUUAUCGGGUGCUGCGCGAACACGGAGUUCAAGGCGCUUAUUCUCGGGUACAUGAGCAACGGGAGCCUCGAGAAAUGGCUUCAUUCUGGUGGUGAUCGCCAGUUUUUGGAUCUCGAGAAGAGGCUGAGUGUGGCGACCGAUGUUGCGUUGGCCUUGGAGUAUCUUCACCACGGCCACACGUUUCCGGUUGUACAUUGCGACGUGAAGCCGAGCAAUGUGUUGCUCGACGAGGAUAUGAUGGCGCACGUCGCGGAUUUUGGGAUUUCCAAGCUUUUCGAUGAUGGGGAGACUAUGGUUCUGACCAAGACGUUGGCUACUGUCGGCUACGCAGCACCAGAGUACGGGUCAGAAGGGAAGGUAUCGACGAGCGGAGACGUGUACAGCUACGGGAUACUGUUGCUCGAGAUGUUCACCGGAAAGAAGCCGACCGACGACACAUUUAGCUCGGAAAUGAGCUUGCACGAGUGGGUACACCGAGCACUCGCACAGGAAAAUGGGCCAAACGAGGUCGUGGGCCCGGGCCUUCUGUCGACAGACGACCUGCAUUUUGAGGCCCACGAGAAGUGCAUAUUGUCCGUUUUCGAAUUGGCGAUGAAAUGUACAGCCAUGUCGCCGGACGAGAGGAUCAACAUGGUACAAGCGGUUGCUGCAGUGCAUAAUAUCAGGGCUAAGCUUACAAAAUCAACAGUGGAGACCAACAAUAUUAGGCGUUUAGGGUUAGGCGUGUAG